UAUAAGGGAGGCAGAAUCACCGUUGCGUCAUUGUAGUUCGGGAGUUUGAAAGAAGCAUACCUUACCGUUGCUGACAUGGCUCGUACUAAGCAGACAGCGCGUAAAUCUACGGGUGGGAAGGCUCCACGGAAACAGUUAGCUACCAAAGCUGCUCGUAAGAGUGCGCCUGCAACGGGAGGAGUGAAGAAACCUCAUCGCUAUAGACCUGGAACUGUAGCUCUCAGAGAAAUUCGAAGAUACCAAAAGAGUACAGAGCUCUUAAUCCGUAAAUUACCUUUCCAACGUCUCGUUCGUGAGAUAGCACAAGAUUUCAAAACGGAUCUUCGUUUCCAAAGUUCUGCUGUGAUGGCUUUACAAGAAGCCAGCGAAGCUUAUCUUGUUGGACUUUUCGAAGACACUAACUUGUGCGCUAUUCAUGCUAAACGUGUUACGAUCAUGCCGAAGGACAUUCAACUUGCUCGCCGUAUUCGUGGAGAAAGAGCUUAAGUUUUAGACUCCACCUUUUAUAACCAUCGGCCCUUUUUAGGGCCCAAUUUUUUUCAAAC